CCCUGUUGACUUAACACAGAGGACCUUUUGAUAAUCGAAAGCUUAGAACCUUUUCCUUUGUUGGAUAUAGAAAUAUUGGGGCCAUUUAAAUUAAUAAAUUCUUGAGUGUUUAGAUUAUGAUAAACUUUGGUAGGGGUCCAUUGUGCUGCUGCUGUGAUGUAAAGAAAGGCAGAUUAAACACUGCUAAUUUUAGCUAUACAAUGAUAUCUAAAAUGUUUAAAGCUGAGAAAGCAGGAGUAAAUUAAUAUAUAAAUACCUAGGAAGUGUUGCUGGCCUAACAUUUAUUAAAAAGAGUGAAUACACAUUGAAACUUUCUAAUAAAUCAGUAUUGAUAAAUUGGGUUGCUAUUCUAAAUGGUUUUGUGUUUCGGCAAAGAAUUUCAACAGUUGGUAAGGGGUAAAAUGGACACAUAUGGGAGAAAAGGAAUUUUGAAAAAGUUUCAUCGUCCAGUGACUUCAAAGGUGUUUGUAAAACGAGCAAAGGUAGGUGAUCAGUUGCUGAACUCCAAAGCUGAUGACUCGAAGGAGCAACAGUUGCGAGCGCUGGAGGAGGCUGUAGAGAGGGCCGAGGCACGAGCCACCAAGGAACUGAAGGCGGCACUCAAACGACUCAGGGAGGAGAAAGAAGAGGAGAGAAAGAGAGCUCUAGACAAACAGAAACAAUAUUAUGAACGGUUGGCUGCAAGAAUUGAGAGGCAAAGAGAUGAAGCAGAGGAGGAGAGGAUCCGAGAAUUAACCAAGAAAAUGGAGCAUGAGAAGGAGAAAGCUCUCAGUGAUCAGUGGGAGGAAUGUGAGAGGAUCAAGAAAGAGGCCAUAGAGGAGGCCUGCAUAGCCUUAACCAAGAAACUGCGAAAUGAAUUUGUGUUGGAAAAGGAGAAGGCAAUAGCUGAAGCCCUGAAGAUUCAAAAGGAAAAAUUCUUGAAAAGGGAGCAAGAAUCUAUAGAAAGGACUAGAAGGGAAUGUGAAGAGAAGGCCCGUCUUGAAGCAGAAAGGGUGGCUAAACUUCACCAACAGGAGAUUGAAUGCUGGACUCAGAGGUAUUUGGAUAUGGAGAAGCGAUAUAAGCAAGAAAUGGAAAGGAGAAGGGGAGUAACUGCUGAUUUUAAGGAACUACAAGACGAUUAUCGGAGGUUUAUGAAUUACACUGACGGCAAGUUCCACUCGGAUUACAUGAUGCAUCUCCGCUACAUGGGAAUGAGGCUGGCAGAGAAGCGAGUGAGCGAGGUUUCCAGCACGGUCUCCUACGAGGACAUCUUCAAGCUUUCUUGACCUGUGAUAUUUACUAGGAAGACUAAAUCAGCUGAUACUCACUGUCUGGGUGUGUGUGUGUGUGUGUGUGUGAGGGUCACCCAGGGUCCUGACUCAGAGCUGAGUGGGUCUGACCAUGUUGUUAAUGAUAUUGUGUCAUCCCCAAAAUCAGGGCUUUACAUAGUCAUCUAAAACUGGGGCCAUUGAAAGGACUUUGUCCAAAUUCUAAAAAGGCAGUUUUUUUUCCCAAAUGUAAGAGUUUGUUAAUUUUAAUUUCCAAUUAUCCUUACCCUUAAAAGUUAAAAAGAAAUACUGGUAUGUGGAUAUCUAAUUAUUAAAUUUGCUACUCAUGUUUCUAUUUAUUGCCCCCCCCCCCUUAAAAAAGAUGAAGAUUAAAACACCAGAAACCUAAAAUAUAACCAGUUUUCAAAAUUAUUCCACAAAAUGUUGCUAUUUUUUCCCUCACAAUUUUAAUGGCCCCAGUCCCAAACAUGCCAAAAUAUUGGGGAGAGCCCUGCUAAUGGUGUGAUAAACUGGUCGCUGGCAGUGUAUUGUUACAAAAGUCCUGAUCACUCAUGCAGACCCAUUAGUGCUGGUAUAGAAGAUUAGAUCUGUGUUUUGUGAUGACUGUUAGUUAGUAUGUUGAUUUUUAGUUUAAUUGUAAAAAUGUUUGGAAGGCAUAGUGCUCUAACAGCUCAUGAAAAUGUUGAGUGUCAAUGUUUUUGUAUCAGAUACAUUUUGGAGGCAGUAUAGUGUGUUUUCAUUAAUAUUCGUGAACAACAAUUUUUGUGACCAAUGAUCCUAUAUCACAUUCAUAUCUGGGUUCCCUCUAUAUUACCAGUUAUAUAAGUUGUUAAAACUUGUUUAUCAAUCAUUGUAGAAUAAAUUUCAUUUCAUCAAUUUUUCGUAAAUUAAGUAAAAAUCACAACUUUAAGGAUACAAAAAUUUGUGGCCAAUGAUCCCAUCAAUACAAUAUGUACAGUAAUUAGAAAUUCACGAAAAUUGGUAUUCAAUGAAUAUUGAUGAAAACACAGGCCUAAGCAUUCUUGUUUAAACAUUUUACUCCUAAUGAACCUCAUUAAUUAGAAGUGAAUGCCAGUGUGAAGUGUGUAUCAAUGUAUUAAUUUACUAUUGAGAGAUUAUGUGAUCUUACUAUUUUUUUGUAGAAAGAAAACAUAAUAUACCAUAAUUGUAUAAAGCAUUGUUUGUUCAUGUGAUACUUUAUUCAACAAACAUAUAUGAUAUUAAUGAUGAAAUUAUGGUAUGAUUAUAUAUUUAUAGAAACUAGGUAGGAGAGAUUACAUUAAAGUGCAAUAUGUGUCUGUUUAACAUCUACAGAAAAUUGAUAUGUUGUCAUGCAGAGAAUUCAAUGUGUUAUAUCUUAUUUUGAAAUCAAAACAACAAUAUACCAAAACUGUUUCAGAAACCCAUUUUUUAUACUUUAAAAUAUCCAUUAUAUAUUUUUUCUCUGUAUUAAAACUUCUUGGUGAUGGGUGCAAAUGCACUUAAAGUUUGAUGUGUGAAUUCAGGGUGCACGGUGGUUUGAAGUUUGGCGUAUAAAUGGUUCAGGGGUGCACAAUUUAUUGGUACAGGUGGCACAGGUUAAGGUGCAUUCAGGUAUUUUUGAGUUGUUGUAUACAAUUCUUGUCAUACAGAUUUCUAUUUUUAUUGAUUGUAUUGUAUUGGAGAUGAUUGAUCUGUUCAUUGUUUCUGAGGUGUUGUUAUGUUGGUGCUGUUUUUAUAUUUUUUUGUUGUUGAUUAAAUUUUUUUUUUCAAUUUCUUUUUCUAUACAAAGUUGUGAUAGACUAGUUACUCACCAAUGAAAAGACAUUACUCAGUAGUUUCACAGUUUGUUACUAUUAAUAUUCUUCACAUAAAUUCAGAGACUAACUUUUGAGAGAACCUACAGAAUGUUUUAUAGCAGUCAACAUUGAAACAUGUACAUGUAAUCAUCUCUUUUUGCCAGAACAAUGUCCAGGAUCCUUUUACCUAUGGUCAAUGCAAUCAUGCAUUUUAUCAAACAUUUCCUAUUUGAUUUUUAAUGAAUUAUGGAGUUAGGGAGACAGUUUCUAGUGUCUGAUUAGCCAGAGCUCUUUGGACUAUCCAUAUAUAUGAAAUAAUACAAGAUACUUUAGACAGAAAUGAUUUGUAACGAAAAGCAUAAAUUAUCCAUGAAUACUCUUUUAUUCAUAGACUAAUGGGGAAAAAACUUUUGCUUAUUGUUGUUUUUAAGGGAGACAAUUCAUGCAAAACAGACUUUCAAUCUUCCAAUCUUGUGAAGGCAACUUCUGGUUUAUUUGGGUUUUUUGUGUACUAAUUUUCAUUCUUUUAAUUUUAGAAACUAGAUUACCAGUUAAAUAUUUUAUAUCUCAUACAUAAACUAUAUAUUAACUAUCAUUUAUUAAAGAAAGAGUCCAUAUAUUUUACCUUUCAAAUUUUGGUAUUUUUAUAUGGAGCUCUUAUUUUAAAGGAGGUAAAUACAGUCUAAAAAAGGUCAUGACCAUUGAGCCCUCUUAAAAAUUAGAUUACCGAUAUUUUAAGAUAUAUUAUUAAAAUAUAAUGUAAACAAUUAUUUCUGAAGCACCGGUACAUGUAAAUAAAAGUAUAUCUAGCUUAGCUUAUUGCAGCUAGGAAAAAUUAUGUUUAGAAUAAAGCUAAUUAACCAUAUGUUUAUAUCUAUGUACCGCAAAUGGCCUAGUCAUUAGUUUUAUGCUGGAUGUAUACACUAGUCAUACCUAUAUACACUAAGUAUUACACCUAUAUGAUUAUAUACAAAGUAGAUCUGUAUAUACAUGUACCUGCACUCAAUAUCAUAAUCAUAUUUGUAUGCUGUAUUUGAAUAUUUUUGUUGUAGUGUUACUGUGUAUAUGCAUUCCUAAAAUAUUAUUUAAAUACUGCAUUGAUACUGUUGUGCCUUUCCUAACAUUUAUUUUUUCUACGAAUUAGUUAUUGACUAGGAUUAUUAACUUACGUUUUAUAUUUGUUUUCUUUUAUGAAAAAUGCAUGCAAACAUGCAUUCAUAUUUUCAAUAAAAUAUUUGAACUUUUGCUAUGAA